AUGGCCAGUUUCUGGGAGUCCAUGAUCCCUCCCAUAUCAAUCAAGACCAUCGUCACCUGCCUACUAUGGUACGUCAUCUCGUCUGUGACGUCGCAAUUGACCAAGUUGAUCUUGGUGAGAUUCACCUACCCCUUGUUUCUCAGCCAGUGCCAGUUCCUCAUCGGUGCUGCCCUUGCAUUCUCCUUCAUCUCCACAGUGAACAAGUUCCCCCAGCUAUCGAGUCAUUUCCCAGUGGGAUCUGUGCCGUCGGAUCCUGAACUUCCCAUCUUCAGCGCCUCCGUCUUCUUCAAGGUGCUACCAUUGGGGCUUUUCCAGACUGUCGGCCGCUACUUCUCACUUAGUGCCACGGCCCUCAUUUCUCUAGCAACCGUAUCUAGCAUCAAGGCUCUCUCGCCGUUGCUUAUAGUAUUUGGCUACCGUGUAGUGUACCAUGUUCGUUUCCCCUAUAUCACCUACUUGUCGCUUACACCGCUUGUAGUCGGUGUUAUUCUCAUCAUCACAUCUGAUUCGUUGAACAACCCCAAGUCCAAUACAAGUUUGUUAACUAACGAAAAUAACGAAAUUGACAAAAAGCAAAUAAAAGGUUUGACUUUCUGCUUGAUCAGCACUGUCAUUUUUGCAGCCCAGAACAUCUACGGGAAACAGUUGAUCACCUGGGAUACCGAGGCUUCCAACAAAAACCCAGCAUCGUUGGUUCUCAACACGGAAAUUUCCAGACCAGGAACACCCUCCUUGCAACAUGGUUUUAGUCUAAGCAAUUCUCCUUCACCAUUAGGCAACUCACCAAAUCCAUCUGUCCUCAAUAUAGCCUUGAAGAACUUCGUGAGACAGAGAAACUACCUGGUGAAAUUGCCAUACUCAAGUUCUGACUUGAGAUUAGAUGAAAAGUCAAUCGAUCUGCCAGCUAGUCACCAAUACGCAUAUGAUCAAACUGUUCACCACAACAAUAUCGAGGUCAACAGCCCGUUUGCCUACAUCAUCAACAAGUUCGACCUCUACCAGGUUGCUAAGCCAGAUAAAAUGACCAUUAUUCUCUACUGCAACCUUGUAGGAUUCCUUUUCUCAUUUGGUGCAUUUGCAGUCAAUGAGUUGCCAAGCAUGUUUCACGAUGUUGUUAAGAGAGAUGCAGAGGAAGAUGGGAGAUGUGCCUUGUUCACUAUAUUAGGAUUCAUCUUCCUUGACUCGUUAUCAUAUUUCCUACAGACUAUAUUGGCAUUUCACCUCCUCGGCCUGAUUCCAGCUUUAUCGUACUCGAUUGCUUCGAUGAUGAAGAGGAUUGUCAUUAUAGUCGUGAGCAUUGUGGUGCAAAUUGGCUCUUCUGUUCCCGACGGUAAGAAGAAGAACAAGUCCUACAUGGGAAAGAUAUCGCAGGAACAAGGUUUCGGAUUGGCACUCAUCGGGAUCGGACUCUACUGCUACGACAGAUGGGGAUCGAGGAGCUUGAAACCGGCUCGAUCAUGA